AUGGCUGGAGGAGCGAUCCACCAGUUAUUGAGGAGGAAACUUCAGUCUCAAUCUACUGCCCCUCCAUUUUUGUCUUCCCUAUUACAUAAGAAAGACGAUGCUGGGUCUGCUGGGGUAAGGUCCCUCAGAGCACUUGCUCUCCUUGGAGCAGGUGUUUCCGGACUCCUAAGUUUUGCAACUGUAGCAUCUGCUGAUGAGGCUGAACAUGGAUUAGAGUGCCCAAACUACCCCUGGCCUCACCAGGGAAUCCUUAGCUCAUACGAUCAUGCUUCGAUUCGUCGCGGUCAUCAGGUUUACACACAAGUCUGUGCAUCCUGCCAUUCCAUGUCUUUAAUAUCUUACCGUGAUUUGGUGGGAGUUGCAUAUACGGAAGAGGAGACAAAGGCUAUGGCAGCUGAGAUUGAGGUAGUUGAUGGUCCUAAUGAUGAGGGUGAGAUGUUUACUCGCCCCGGUAAACUUAGUGAUCGAUUCCCGCAGCCAUAUGCAAAUGAGCAGGCUGCUAGGUUUGCUAAUGGCGGGGCUUAUCCUCCAGAUUUAAGUCUUAUUACAAAGGCUCGUCACAAUGGUCAGAAUUAUGUAUUUGCCCUUCUCACUGGUUACCGUGAUCCUCCAGCUGGUGUCUCGAUCCGUGAGGGUCUGCACUAUAACCCUUACUUCCCUGGGGGAGCUAUUGCUAUGCCUAAAAUGCUUAACGAUGGUGCUGUUGAGUACGAAGAUGGUACUUCUGCAACUGAGGCUCAGAUGGGGAAAGAUGUUGUGUCGUUCUUGACAUGGGCCGCGGAACCAGAAAUGGAAGAGAGAAAAUUGAUGGGAUUCAAAUGGAUUUUUGUUCUCUCUCUUGCGCUACUUCAAGCUGCAUACUACCGGCGAUUGAAGUGGUCAGUUCUCAAGUCCCGCAAGCUGGUUCUUGAUGUUGUGAACUAG